AUGAGCGACGAUCUGGAUCAAAGACCAGCGAAAAGACAGCGCUUUUUCGUGGAUGGCCCUGGACCUGCCGCAGAUUCUGCUCCAGCAAUUACUGACGCGUCUUUGACGCGGUACACUCCAGAUGCUGAGGACCAUGCUGAUCAGGAUGAACCAAGAGCUAUCCUUGAGACGCCUUCAGCUGAUAUCAAGUCCUCGUCUCAACUUGAGGUCAAUUUCGCUUCACCAGAUCUCCCGGAGGCAUCAGAACAGACAGUAACCGACCAUACGAUCUCGAUCCCCCACCUACAAAACGGAACGACCGAGCCACCUACCGACGAAGACAAUGCGAUCAACAAUGGAGUACAGCCGGCCCUGAAGAAUGGCUUUGAUGUGGAACUGUUUACUGGUAUCAUUGGUGAACAGCUAUCGAGCGAAUCUAUCGAAGUUAUCCGAGCCGCAGCUUCCAAUAAUAUCGAACGGGCAGUUAACAUCUACUUUGAUGGAUCAUGGAAGAAACCGAAGAAGGCGACCGCUCGAACCGGCUCCUUACCUCUCCGAAAAGGAUCCUCUACCCCGCUGGGAGUUAAUGGACAAGGCACUUCAGGGUUUACUGAGGAAGAUACCUCUGCUGAAUCAAAUUCUGUAGUUGGGAGAAUGCCUUCAUCUAGGUUCAUCGGAUCAUUUGGAGUUGGUGGAUGGGCGACUCGCAGCGGGCCUGCGUUACUCAAGCAUGGGGAUCCAGUAAAGAUUGAACGUGCGAGAUCCCAACCAACUACCAAGCGUGCGCGUGGAGGCAAGAUGAUGGUAAACCAGAAGGGAGAUGUCUUGACACGGUUUACGAAUACAGCCGGGCAGGAAGUUGGAAGACUGCCGCAUGAGACGGCUGAAUGGGUGUCUACGUUGAUUGACCAGAAGUUAUGUCAUUUUGAAGGUGUCUGUGUCUUCAGUGAAGACAGGUUGCGAAUCAACGAUACAAUAUACCUACAGUUGAGGUGUUUCUUUCGUAAAGAAGCUUUCCAGCGUCUCACAUUUGGAUCCGCAAAGGAUGAUAACAGAUCAACUGGUCUCUUCGAGGAGAAAGAAAGCACGGAAGAAAAGAAUCUCAGACUCCGUCAAGUAUCCCUUGUUAAGCUUUUUGAUGCCAUCGAUCUCAAGCCCACCUCCAUAAAUCCGACAACCGAAAAGCAUAAGAAGAGUGGUAUUCUCCGAGCCGCCGAGAUGGCUGAACAGUAUGAUAAUACCAAGAAGGAGAAAGCCAAAGGUUCCAAGGAUCCAGAUGACUCCUCGGAAGAAGACGACACCCAAGAGCUUGCCCAGGACCAGCUCGAUGCACUAUAUCGAAAAGCUCAAUCGUUCGAUUUUAAUAUGCCAGAAGCCGAGCCUGCUUCCACCUUCCGGAUGAACCUGCGGAAAUACCAGAAGCAGGCUCUUCAUUGGAUGUUAGCAAAAGAGAAAGACAACAAACAGCCUCGUGAACGCUCGAUGCAUCCGCUGUGGGAGCAAUACCUAUGGCCAGUAAAAGACAGUGAUGAUAAAGACCUCCCUGGGUUCGACGGAAUUGAUCAUUUCUAUGUCAAUCCCUACUCUGGUGAUCUCAGUGUUGACUUCCCAGCCCAAGAACAGCACUGCCUGGGUGGAAUCUUGGCAGAUGAAAUGGGACUUGGAAAGACGAUUGAGAUGAUGAGCCUUGUCCAUUCUCAUAGAACUGAGCUUGAUCCUCAACUUUCCAACGGGAUUACCUCUGUGAACGAUCUCGCUCGUGUACCAGACUCCGAUGGUGUCAUUCCUGCACCCUACACAACCCUUGUCGUGGCGCCCACGUCAUUGCUUUCUCAAUGGGAAAGUGAAGCCCUAAAAGCUUCCGAGGAGGGCUCUAUGCGUGUUAUCAUGUACUAUGGAGCGGACAAGGCAGUUAAUCUUCGGGAUUUGUGCUGCGCAUCAAAGUAUGCAUCAGCGCCAAACGUCAUUGUAACAAGCUAUGGCACCGUGUUAUCGGAGUAUCGCUCAUUGGCGCUUCAAUCAAUGAUGUCCGGUGGUGCAUAUGGCGGCCUUUUCUCUGUAGAAUUCUUCCGAAUCAUCCUGGACGAAGCCCACACAAUCAAGAAUCGUCGCUCCAAAACCACCCGAGCAUGCUGCGAGCUCCAAGCAACACACCGGUGGGUCCUCACUGGUACGCCAAUUGUCAAUCGACUUGAGGAUCUGUUUAGCUUGGUGCGCUUUUUGAAGGUCGAACCUUGGAGUAACUUUUCCUUCUGGAAGACGUUCAUUACUGUCCCCUUCGAGUCCAAGGAGUACAUUCGUGCCCUCAAUGUCGUUCAGAGUGUAUUGGAGCCCCUUGUUCUUCGGCGAACGAAGAGCAUGAAAACACCAGAAGGCGAGCCAUUGGUCCCUCUUCCUCCAAAAACGAUAACCAUUGAAGAGAUUGAGCUGCCAGCAAAGGAGCGAGAAAUCUACGACUGCAUCUAUACUCGAGCCAAACGAACGUUCAAUGACAAUGUUGAGGCUGGUACUCUCCUGCAGUCUUACUCUACCAUCUUCGCGCAGAUUCUCCGUCUUCGCCAGACCUGCUGUCACCCCAUCUUAACCAGAAACAAAGAUGUGGUGGCAGAUGAAGAAGUUGCGGCCGCUGCAGCUGACGCAGCCAACGAAAUGAAAGAUGACAUGGAUCUCCAGCAACUGAUCAAUCAAUUCACUGCUGCAACCAAGAACGCAGAAUCAGAAGACCGUUCUGUUAAAUUUACCGCCCAUGCGCUUCGCCAAAUUCAAACCGAAUCCAGUGGAGAGUGUCCUAUUUGCUGCGAAGAGCCCAUGAUUGAUCCAGCAGUGACUGCAUGCUGGCAUAGUGCGUGCAAGAAAUGUCUCCAAGAUUUCGUGGCGCACCAAAUGAACAAGGGUGUUGAACCACGUUGCUUUUCCUGUCGAGCUCCGAUUGACGCACAAAACAUCUUCGAGGUGGUUCGUCAUGCGUCCGCUUCCCUGCCGACAGCAAUAGAUUCAUUCGCUUCUACUGAAACGCCACAAAAUGACUCCCAACCUGCCCCACGCAUAUCUCUCCGACGAAUCAAUCCCCUUUCUCCAUCCGCACAUACCUCUGCCAAGAUCCAUGCCUUGAUUAGCCACCUAACGCGAAUGCCACCUAAUACCAAGUCAGUGGUGUUUUCCCAAUUCACGUCAUUUCUCGACCUAAUUGGGCCCCAACUGUCCCGGGUUGGUAUUUCGUAUGUCCGUCUAGAUGGCACCAUGCCCCAGAAAGCCCGCAAGGCAGUUUUGGAGGAAUUUACCAAAACUGAAACAUAUGAGGAUGAGAUCAUGGAUUCGGAGGCUGAGGAACCUGCUAAACCCAGUACCUCGAAUUCUUCCCCGACUCUUCUUCUUAUCUCUCUUCGGGCGGGUGGCGUCGGUCUCAAUUUAACGGUUGCGAACAAUGUCUUUCUCAUGGAUCCAUGGUGGAGUUUUGCCGUGGAGGCUCAGGCUAUUGAUCGCGUUCAUCGUAUGGGUCAAACCCGUGAUGUUUCUGUUACGCGAUUCGUGAUCAAAGAUUCCAUUGAGGGUCGUAUGCUACGUGUGCAGGAACGCAAAAUGAAUAUUGCAGGCUCACUUGGUCUACGUGUUGGGGGUGAUGAUGAAAAUAAGGAUAAAAAGGAGCGCAUCACGGAGUUAAAGAUGCUCUUUGAGUGA